AUGUCGUUACAGCAGAGAACGCAGCGAGCUCUGCUUGUCAAAGACGUGGGCAAGCCCGUUGUCCAUGUAAAUGAUUGGCCCAUUCCACAGCCGGGCAAAGACCAAGUUCAGAUCCGAGUGUCGAUCGCAGGUGUCAACCCUCACGUCCAGAAAGCUCGAGACUGGGGUCUCUUCAUCAAGGAGAACUUACCAGCCGUUGUGACUAACGACGUCGUCGGAAAGGUCACGGCGCUUGGCGAAGGUGUCACCAAGUACUCCAUUGGAGAUCGGGUGGUUACUCACGCCAGUUUCAGACCCCCGUGGGUGCAAGGUGGACUACAACAGUAUGCUAUCGUUGACGUAGAGCAUAGUGCGAAGGUACCAGACAGCAUCACAGACGACGAAGCUGCAACGUUGCCUACCAACGUUAUGGCACCGCUGAUCUCGAUAUUCGAUCCUUCAUACCUGGGCAUCCCAGCGCCUUGGACCUCUCAGGCCUCAAGCUUCGAUUACAAGGGUACAACGCUGUUGGUGCUUGGCGGAGGUGGAAAUUGCGGCAAGUUUGGCGUUCAGCUUGCUGCACUCGCCGGAAUCGGGCGUAUCGUCGUAGUUGGUGGCGACGACCAUGAGCUCAAGUCAUUGGGAGCCACCCAUGUCAUUGAUCGCCACCGCUCACCAGACCAUGUUACGUCUGAGAUCCGUGAUAUCGUCGGCGACGGGUUGCUCUACGCAUAUGAUGCAGCAAACAUGCCUGCAACGCAACAUAUCGGUGUCAAUGCCUUGUCAAACACGCAGAGAGGCAAAUUUGCACGCCUUAUGCCGAUUGGACCCAUUGAUGAGGCCAAGAUCAGCCCGAAGCAGAAUGGCUUUCAGCUCUUCGAUGUGCAUGGUGUUAGCCACAACAAACCUGAAACAGCUGUACCCUUCUGGACGCGUUUGCCGGACUUUCUGGAGGAGAAAAAGAUUCGGCCGACAGAGUACACCGUACUCUCUGGACUGACAGCGGAGAACAUAAAUCAAGUGCUGGACGCAUAUCGCAGCAACCAGAAAGUCGUCAAGACAAAUGUUCAUGUGGAAGAAUGA